UUCUCAUACUGCAGGGAUGGCACACUCAGAGAGCACAGAGGAGCUCCGUCUGCAGACUCUUUGGGACUGGUUGAGACAACAGAGCCUCUUAAGAUCUCCAUUUUUCCCGGUUUUAUUCUCUCUGACUGUCUACCUGAGCUGCUGCUUGCCUUACAUUUGUCUGGAUUUGCUCUAUUACAGACUGACUCUGGUGCGACGCUUCAAGAUCCAGCCUCAAAGCAAGGUAACAUGGGCAAUGGCUUGGAAGUGCUUGCGCAAAAUUUUACACAACCAUGUGUGUUUCAUUUUCCCCCUGUCUGUUGUGCACUGGUACUUCAGACCGGUGUUUUCUCCUCUGCUGGCACCCAAGAUGUUAACUGUUGUUAGGGAUGUACUGGCUUGCCUCCUCCUAUUCGACAUGCAGUACUUUUUUUGGCAUCUGCUUCAUCACAAAGUGUCCUGGCUCUACCAUUUCUUCCACAAGGAGCACCACUUCUACACAGCCUCUUUCUCACUGACAACAGAGCACACUGGUGUCUGGGAGAUGCUGAGCCUCAGCAUCUUUACAACACUAAACCCUGCGCUCCUGGACUGCCAUCCACUCACAGAGAUGCUCUUCUAUAUCACUAACAUGUAUCUGUCUGUGGAGGCUCACUCCGGCUAUGAAUUUCCCUGGUCUCCACACAGACUGUUACCUUUCGGUCUCUACGGAGGAGCACAGCAUCACGACCUCCACCAUCUGAAAUUCAAAGUGAACUACGCGCCGUACUUCACACACUGGGACAGACUUUUUGGGACACUGCGAGGAGAAGACACACAGAGGAAAUCAGGAAAGAUUUCAAAGAGGUCAUGAUUAUCAGAUUAUGUGAAGGACAUUUUGUUUUCAGAAUAUAAUCUUGACUGCAGCAAUGAAUAACAGUUACGCAUUGACAUUUUAUUAUUGUAUUCAUGUAUAAAAAAACAUUUAAAAACUGUUGUCAUAUUUAAAAUGUAAACUUUAAAGGUGGCUGUAAAAACUUUGUUGAAGUACAUCAAAUAAUAUCAAUCGUAAUUUAGACCAGUGAACCAGCUAUUAAUACAAAAAGUAUGUAUAUGAUUGUAUAAUGUAUAAUGUACAUGAGGCAACUGCCUGAGCAUAUACAGUUUGACAGCAGAGAAGUGGAUUUAUAUGCAGGAGCAGCUUAAAAGGUUUCUAAAGUCUUGUCACCAUUCAUUGUAAUGCAAGUAUAUUUAAUUUAUUAAAG